AAGAGGCCGCCACUGCCCUCAAGGUGCAGGGGAAUAAAGCCUUUGCGGACCAUGAGUGGCCCACUGCGAUAGAUUUUUAUACCAAGGCCAUUGAGAAGUAUGAUCAGGAGCCGUCGUUUUUUAGUAAUCGCGCUCAGGUAGGCACAUAUUAAACUCGAGGCGUAUGGCUUUGCGAUCGCGGAUGCCUCCAAGGCGCUGGAGCUGGACCCGAACUACACCAAGACGAGCCCUUGCGAAUUCCGCCAUUCUGCACUACAAGGAUGCCCUGAAGGAUUUCAAGGCCGUGAUUAAGAGGGAGCCCGGGAACCGCGAUGCGAAGCUGAAGUUGAGCGAGUGCGAGAAGCUCGUGCGGCGGUUGGAGUUCGAGAAGGCGAUUGAGGUCGGCGAUCCGCCGUCUGCGUUUGAGAAUCUGGAUAUCGAUUCUAUGGCUGUGGAUGCGAGCUAUGAUGGUGUGCGGUUGGAGAAGGAGAUGACACAGGAGUUUAUUGAUGAUAUGAUUGAGCGGUUUAAGAACGGGAAGAAGAUUCAUCGCAAGUAUGCGUUCCAAAUAAUCAAGGCCGUUAAGGAUCUGGUCUAUGCGGAGCCUACGAUGGUGGAGAUUGGGGUGGAGGAGGGGAAGAGGUUGACGGUUUGUGGUGAUACGCAUGGUCAAUUCUUCGAUCUCUUGGAGAUCUUCCGCCUCAACGGAUACCCCAGCGAUACCCAUGCUUAUCUCUUCAACGGUGAUUUCGUCGACCGUGGAUCGUGGUCGACGGAGAUUGCGCUGCUGCUCUACGCGUACAAGUGGCUGCGCCCCAACGGCAUCUUCCUCAACCGGGGUAACCAUGAGACGGACGACAUGAACAAGGUGUACGGGUUUGAGGGCGAGUGCAAGGCCAAGUACAACGAGACGGUGUUCAAGGUCUUCUCGGAGUCGUUCUCGGCUCUGCCCCUGGCGACGUUGAUUGGCAACAAGUUCCUCGUGCUGCACGGCGGCCUGUUCUCGGACGACAACACCACGCUGGAUGACAUCCGCAAGCUGAACCGCCACAACCAGCGCCAGCCCGGACAGCAGGGCUUGAUGAUGGAGAUGCUCUGGACGGACCCGCAGACCGAACCCGGUCGCGGACCCAGCAAGCGCGGUGUUGGCCUGCAGUUCGGCCCGGAUGUCACCAAGCGGUUCUGUGAGAAGAACGGCCUCGAGGCGAUUAUUCGCUCGCACGAGGUGCGCAUGGAAGGCUACGAAGUGGAACACGACGGACGGUGUAUCACCGUCUUCUCGGCGCCCAAGUACUGUGACACCACGGAGAACAAGGGUGCCUUUAUCAAGAUCGGGCCCGAGCUCAAGCUGGAGUACCAGGUCUUUGAGGCUGUGCCUCAUCCGGACAUUAAGCCGAUGGCUUAUGCGCAAAGCUCCCUCAUGUCGAUGAUGUGAGCUACCCAGCUAUGUGACACGGUGGAUUGGCGAGAAUCCUCGCCACCGGACGGAAGGAGUCCAGAUUUUGGAUUCGGAAUGAUGCUGAACGCCUUGGGAUACAGUACGAGGGCGAUGUGUCUACGGACGGAUUGACGACGAUCUUGAGGAUUUGCAUAGCGGAAUGACCAUCUAUAUAUUAUAUCUAUAUCAUCUAUGUUUUGCCUGUUGAGUUGUCCGCAGGUGCAAUCUAGUGGCGUUGAAUUGGCUGUAGGGUGAUCUUAUACUAGUUGAUUGUUGCAGUAAUUGGAUAGAAGCGUUGGUGGUGAGUCGGGGCUUUCCGACCGCAGCAACCCCGCGAUCCCAUCUCUUCCACUCUUGGCUUCUCUCUUUUGACUCCUACUACUCCUACUCC